GUAACUGAGAAGGAAUUGCGGAAAUAUUACAUACCAACUGAUUACACACCCAAGAGACUUAAAGCCAGAACUGAUGCUAUACGACAGCUGUAUAAAGAACUAUUAGAAAACCUUAAAGUUGAUACCAAUAAGCUCAAGCAGCGAGAAAAGAAAGCCUUAGCUCAGCUCACAUUCUUUAUGAAAAACUCUUUCUCAUCAUUCGGUGAAGGGAACUACUAUACUGGAGACUGGAUGAUGGGGCCUGACCAGUUUUGCUACAAAUCUAUAUGUUAUAUCGAGAAUGAGAUUCAUAAUGAAUUGGCAAAUUUCAAGCCGUCAACAGUCAAGGAGAUGGAAGCAUUUCGUGAUACGCUGAUCAAGUUAAACAAUACUUUUGGUCAGUAUGUUGAGAAUCUCAAGUUAGGUGUUAAAGCAGGCAUGGUUGGAUCACAAGAGGCUUGUUUAACUGGGUAUUACGCAAUCGGACAAAGAUAUCCAAACAUCUAUAGGGAUGGUGCAAAAGGCAUAUUUGAUGAAGUGUACGUCAAGGAUGUUUUAGAUCCCAAAUUCUUACUCAAACUACAAGACGACGUAAGACAACUUCUGUUAUGGCGUCAGAAAUAUGCCGAAAAAAAGCUGCAGGACUCGCUUCGAGAAUACUUACUAGAGUACCUGGGAAAACCCAUCGACAGAAUGCUCAAAUACCUUAAGUACGAGUACCAGUCGCACUGCGUUCCUAGUUCAGUGUCCAGCGGUCUAUCAUCGCUGCCCGUGCCAUUUAUCUACGUCAAUGGUUCCGCUGACCGCGAUUUUCCAACCACCGGUAAACUGCCAACAGGAGAGAAGCUAAGCGGUGCUAAAGCCUAUGAAUACAUUUUAGAAUACUUUACUACAACUGAAUUGAGUCCAGACGAAGUGUUUGCGAUUGGAAACGAAACUUUACAUCAGCUGUAUCCACAGGCGUUAGAAAUAGCACGUCAAGUUACAGGCCAAAGCAACUAUACACUGGCCAAACAGAUGUUCGUCAAACGUUUGAACCAGUCUGACAUGUAUUACGGUAAUGGCGUAAUACCAAAGAACGAAUCUGGUAAAGAGGCACACGAUGCAUGUAGAUCUAUUGAAACCGCUAAAGUAAACUGCCCGAAACGUUGGGACGCCAUGGAGAAAUGGUUUACUGAUGCGAGACAGACAAUGGCCAAACUCGAAGGCAAAAUUAUCGACAUGUUUUACUUUACUGGAAGCAAGAGAACAACACCAAGCUGUCCAGCAACCCUUGAACCAGAUUUCACGCCUGAGAGUGCUGCGCARAGUUAUUCACGAAGCGAUGCCACGUGUUCUCAUUCUGCAUCGUAUUACAUCCCGUUCUUUAUGGAUAGACCCGGUCCGAGAUUCGAAGAGUGGAGCGUCAACGCCCAUGAGGUUAUGCCUGGGCAUCACUUACAGGACCAGGGCAAUGUUGAAAACUUUAUGGAUUCCUGCAAAGGUCUCAUAGGCUGGGUCCAGUCUACCACAAUUGACUCGUUCACCGCGUUCGUGGAAGGUUGGGGUCUAUAUGCAGAAAAYCCAUUGAUAUCUGAAGGGACUAAAGUAUACGAUAACGAGCCACUGUAUCGAUAUGGCAUGUUGAAAUGGCAGAUCUGGCGGGCUUUGCGUCUCAUAGUUGACACAGGCCUUCACUACAGGAACAUGUCACGUGAUGAAGCCAUCAAAAUGUUUGAAGAAUAUGCGUGGGACAGCGGUGAUUCCGUUACUAAGGAAGUCACCCGUUACCAAGGCAAUCCUGGACAAGCAACCUCGUAUAUGAUUGGUCAAAGGCUUUUGUUGAAGAUCCGUGAGUACGCAAAGAAAGAGCUUGGCUCGAAAUUCGACUUGAAGGAUUUUCAUUUUCAGGUUCUCUCGCAGGGCACAGCACCGCUAAGCUAUUUUGAAGACCACAUUAAGAAAUACGUAGAGUGUGCUAAGAGCCCGUCAGGCGAUUGUCAAAGUUUGCUGAACCCACCCAAACCAACGGCGUCAAAAGUAAUGGACGACGAAACUGGAACGAAACGGGACAUCAUUAGACCUCAUACCAAACCAGUUAUAAAACCGGUUUUUCGUCGAUUUCACUGAUUGGCUAUAGCUAUAAAACCAGUUACUGGUCAAUUUUAUACAGCUUGAACAGAGAUAUAAAGCCGGUAUAACUAUGCCGAUAAAWCCAGUUAUCCGUCGCCUGACAUUACGAAUAGCUUAUGGAAGAAAACCGGCUAAAUGUCACUAUUACUGACUUACUGUGGCGAUAAMAUCGGCUAAAUGUCACUAUUACUGACUUACUGUGGCGAUAAAAUCGGUUGAUGGUCGAUACAACUAUUCGGCUAUCGAUCGAUCGAUCACUCCUGAUUGACAUCAGAUCUUGCUGAUUGCUAUUUAGUAGUUACACAAUAUCAUAGCGACUUCAUUAAUACAUGGCUAUAUAUAGUAAAGGCUUCUGUGGAUCAAGAUGUUAAAUCAGGAAUGACUCUCCAAUGGAUGAGCGGGAUCAUGAAUGGCUGUAAAUAAUCUGAACAGACCAAUACGAGAACUAGAAGUGAAUGAGUGCACAGACCAUUUAAAACCAAACAACAUGGAGACAGUGAUAUAGUUCACAUUGGCUCCUUUGCAACCAGAAGGCCGCCAUCUUGAAUUAUCAGGAAAUUAUGGGAUGUUCAGGUUGCAAAAGUCCACAUUGCUACUAGAAAGAUCGUGAACAACUGCCUAGGAGAAUAAUUUCGUGCUUCAAAAGUUGUAUUUCAAAUAUAUGAUAUAUUACAAUAAUGUAAUGAAUGUAGAGAUUCUUGUUUCGUUCACCCGGUAUCCCAUACUUUCUCAUCGACAAAAGGACUUUUGCAUGAAACGAUCACAUGGUACAAGAUCCACCAUACUGRAUGGCAAAACACCCACUGGGGACGUUUAAAACAAAGAAAAGUCAAGCUUGACGGGCUGCGCUCCUUUUGUUUUUGAGGUUGUUUACAUUCUUGUGCCAUCCAGUAUGGCGGAUUUAGUUCCAUGUGAGAGUUUCAUGCAAAAUGCCUAUUAUGCCAUCUAUAUUGCUCUAGACCUUGCAGCAUCAACAAAAUGACGGUUGUCGCGAGUCAAUCAUACUACAAAAGUUCGCCAGUAUAGACAAGACUUUAUAAUAUAAUACUAGAUAGUUAGUGUAUCUAUCUUAUAGCUCAUUGUUAAAAUUYACUUUCUUGCAUUACAGACACUUUGCUUGCAAUCAAUAGAAYAAUAAAUCCAAAACAGAAUCCUCCAGCUGGUUCUGACAACAA